AAGUCCGACCACUUCUGUACUGGAACCAAUGCAAGAAUAUGCACCACCAUAACAAAGCCUGUAUGGAGUCCUGAGAGCAGAGGCUGACAAUUUAUGGGCUGCUGUUCAGCCGUAGAACAAGAUCCAAACAGAGAGGACCAAAGUUAGAGGUUUUGCUUUUAUUAGUUGUGGAACAACGGGAUAGUUUUGCCAACACGUGUGUAUCCAAAACAUUUGUGCUCUCCGUGUUGAGUGAGUGAGCGUUUCGCAUCCUGGUGCGAGGCUCCGAGGAGGACUGCGCAUCACCAGAGUUGGUGCCGAAGUUCGGCCGCGAACGGUUGUGAGGGAAGAGUGUAGGCUACCGAGUGAAACUCCCCCACUUCUUUCUUUCUUUUUGUCCCUCCUGCUCCGGCGUUGUGUUUGCUGAGACGAUAGUGAGUCAAAGACGCUGCAAGUGAUUUCAUGCCUUCAGUCUCGCACAACCUGAGAUGGACGUGAGAUUUUAUCCUGCUCCCCCGGCAAAUGUGGGUUCAUGCUCCCUACCGACUGAUCCAAGUUGUCUGAGCUCCUUGGACUAUUACCACUCGAACAAGGCCCGAUACACUGUGGGUGAACGAGGGGUUAGGCUCCACACUGCCCACCCUCCAGGCAUCAAUCCAGCUAGGAAAAGACUGCCCACUGCUGUGUUUGAUGGUGACAACAUGUACUUGAAUGACAAUAACCAAGAGUUUCGGUCACCAAAUCAGAGCUACUCCAGUCAUGGAAGAAGCAGCAGUGGCGGAGGAGCAGGGGAUGAAGACUACGAGAUCCCCCCUAUCACACCCCCCAACCACGCCGACCCUUCUCUGCUGCACCUUAUGGAGCACGAAUCCGGUUACCCUUUCCACUCCCUGCCUCACAAUGGCCUGCUCAACACCUACUCCUACCCCGAGCUGCCCGCCCUCAUGAUGUCCAACAUGCUAGGUCAGGACACCCACCUCCUCUCUGGGCCCAUGCACUCGAUAAACAGUGAGAAGCGGGCCGCCGCAGAAAUGAUGAAGCCCAAACCCAAACCUCAAAAGAAGAAGAAGAAGAAGGACCCCAACGAGCCACAGAAACCUGUGUCUGCCUAUGCUCUUUUCUUCAGAGACACCCAGGCGGCCAUCAAGGGACAAAAUCCCAAUGCCACCUUUGGGGACGUCUCCAAGAUUGUGGCCUCAAUGUGGGACAGCCUUGGAGAGGAACAGAAGCAGGGGUACAAGAGGAAAACCGAGGCGGCUAAGAAAGAGUACCUGAAAGCUUUGGCCGCGUACCGAGCCAGUCUGGUUUCCAAGACAUACAAUGACCCUGAACCAAAAAGUGCCCAGCAGACCAGCCAGUCCUCCCACAUGCUGCCCCCGAAGCAGCCCCUGUACAGCGUGCCCCCCCAGCCCUCCUCACCCUACCUGGGCCAGCCAGGCUCCUUCCCCCUGUCAGACCUCCAGAGCUACGCAGGGCCGCCCCGCCACACCCUGGCCCAGACCCUCAGCCAGUCCCAAAUGCUGCCACCCAGCAUGAGUGCCUCUCCCCCAUCUCCCUUCCAGAUCAGCCCACCCCUGCACCCCCACGCCCAACUCUCCCUGCAUCAGAGCUCCCUGCUCAACCAGCCAAUCCGCAUGCAGCAGUCACAGCCAAUCAUCUCACACCAAAUGGGGCUGCAUUCCCCUCCUCUGAGCCAACAGGGAUUCUCCCAUAUUCAGGCUGAUUACCAGAACAGUGUCGGGGGCUCACAGUCUCCAGGGGCCCCUAACCCGGGGCAUGGCCAGAACCCUGACUGGGACAGCGAGUACUGCAACAGGGACUGUGGACCCAACCACUGCAGCAGUGGCAUGGGAGCCCGGGACAAGCCUCUCUACCUCACUUGAAGUUGAAAGACCUCCAAAUGUCAGACUCCAGGGAGCUUUCCACCAUAACAACAACUUCAUCGAUGUAUCUGCUUUUACACCUUCUUCUUUUUUGUGACGGUUCCGAAAAUCCCAAAGACUGCUACAGUAACUUCACCUAUUUGCCAAGCACUUAGAUCGGCCAGAAGCCUGAGGCACUUCUCUUGCUUUUUUCCUUAUUAGUGAACUUUUCACUUUUCUGCGGGGGCAGCGAGCUUUAAGCUCAUGCCAACAUACUGGAAAUGAAGACCAAAAAAAUAAAAAGUCUUCUCAUUCUUUUUUGAUUUUUUAAAAAGAUGCUCUCUCUCCUCUUCACUCCAUUACUCUGUGUUUGCCAUGGAUUGCCCUCAUCGGGGAGAAGAAAUGCUCUAAGCAUCCUAAAAGUGUAUGGGUUUUGGGUAGAAAAGCUAAUGCAGGAAACUAGAAUAUAGUCACCUCAGCAGGGGUGGAUGUACUUCAGGACAUACUGAAACACCCCAACUGAGUAAAAGCAAAUUGACAUUUUAAAGAACACAUACACUUUAGACGUUUGUAAAUCAUCCUCGCCCCUCGUAAAGGACUCCCUCUUUUCCUUUUCGUUCUCACAGAGUGAUUGUAAAUAUCACCACAAUGGAUCCCUCUUAUGUGUGUAUUUAGCUGUAGUCCCUUACUUUCUUUUUAAAAAAAACAUUAUUUUCGUUUGGCUAUGUAGUUUUUGGGCGGGCGGAUUCAGAGAGGGGAUAAACGCACUAAAAGUUGUGUUGAAACUCUGCUCACUGGUCUUGUUUCUCUCCAAAUGAGAGAGAAAUGCAAAGACUGUAAAACACUCCAUUUCCUCCUCAACUGCUCUGAUAGAGUGUCCCUCUCUUCUCAUGGCCUCAGGAUGUUACAGAACUGUAGAGGUCAAAGGUUGAUACCUCUCCUUUUAGCUCCUUCUCCUUUUGGUCAAUAAGGACCGCCCCCACCUGUAACCCCGCUCACCUUUCCUUAGACCUGACACCACUUGUACAGGUGAAUUAAAAAAAAGUUGCUAAAUGUGAAAUGUUACUAAAGAAAAAAAACAUAACAGUGGGUUUUAAAGUUUUUGACUAGUUUUAUUAGGUGUUUUAGAAUUGUGUUAAACUCAUCUUUAUCAUUUUUUGUGAAGAAAAAUAAUUCUAAAGAUAUUUUGUUUUUUCACUGUUGCAGGAUUUUAUUGCAUUUUGGAGGAAGAGUCAUGGGGAUAGAUAUUUUAAGUUUGUGUAUGAACCUGCCAAAUGUACUUCUUUAAUUUGUAAAGCCGGUGAUGAGAGAACCCAUUUUGUUUUGUUGAAUAUCAUAUGUUUCACAAUAUGGUCAUUCUAUUUAAUUUGGUUGCAGGUUUCUCAUCUAUUUAUGAAUGAUAUGAAGUAACAUGUUGGCUUAUUUUCAUCAGGGUGCAUUAUUAUUAUUAUCAUUAUUAUUAUUAUUAUUAUUAUUAUAUUAUUGAUCAAACAACAUUAUUAUUAGAAUAAUAAAUAUGUUUUCAGACAUUGUUGUUGGUGCAAUACCAGUGUACCAGCAUUAGAUUCAUUUUGUGUCACAAUUACUUCUUUUGUUUUCUUUUGUCUGUAAUAAAAUGUUUAAAGUGGAGAAA